AUGUCGACAGACUAUUCAGCUGAUGAUAUCGCGGCAGCGAUGAGUUUGCUGUUCUUCCAGCUCAGUUUCUCUAACUACUUUCUGGGUGGUUCCAGCGUACAUCGCCCGCCAAAUGAACUAACUAACAUGUCGUCAUGCAAAAUGCCGGGUGUUGGACAAUAUUUGCUCAGGGUUCAGCAUGCUAUUAGCUGUUUGCUCCGAAUGUAUCCCUCCCUCCUCACUACGAUAUGCUUUUUCAUUCUAAGAACAUGCGCGCUCUGGAGCAACAAUAGAAUCUUGUUCGCAGCCAUUCUUGUAACCGCUUUCACUUUUGUCGGGGCAUCUAUCGGCGUUACCUUCGCUACUACUGCUCCCGCAACAUAUGCAAUCAGUGCGAUCCCCGGUAUCGCAGGGUGCUACCAGAGCUCGACUAGUCUCCAGCUCUUCAUACCAUUUCUUUUAUUGUGCGCAUUCGAAUUGGAGCUGGCAGCAGAACAGAAACCGUAG